UUCAAAAUUCAAACUCAUCUACCCACUCCCAAAUAUCUCCUCCCCAUCCUCCUCAUUCUUCUCUAUUUUAUUCUAGUUUUUAUAACUCAAAAUGUUCUAGCUAGCCAGACAGUACUGAGAAAGAGACCUACAGAAGCCCUCCAUUGGUGAAGAUGGACAGGAGAGGGAAGCGUUUCUAAGUCAAGAGGGGUGUGAAGGAAGAGGAAGCCAAGUGCAAAAAUGAGCACAGCAAGGUUCAUCAAGUGUGUCACCGUCGGCGAUGGAGCUGUCGGAAAAACUUGCAUGCUCAUCUCCUACACUAGCAACACCUUCCCCACUGAUUAUGUGCCUACCGUGUUUGACAACUUCAGUGCUAAUGUGGUGGUGGAUGGAAGCACAGUUAAUCUCGGAUUAUGGGAUACUGCAGGGCAGGAGGAUUAUAACAGGCUGAGGCCUCUCAGUUAUAGAGGUGCAGAUGUGUUCCUCUUGGCCUUUUCGCUUAUCAGCAAAGCUAGCUAUGAAAACAUCUCCAAGAAGUGGAUCCCUGAGCUGAGGCAUUAUGCUCCAACUGUGCCAAUUGUGCUUGUGGGAACCAAACUUGAUUUACGGGAAGAUAAGCAGUUUUUGAUUGAUCACCCUGGCGCAACACCAAUUACAACUGCUCAGGGGGAGGAUUUGAAGAAGAUGAUCGGGGCUGCUGUUUACAUAGAGUGCAGCUCCAAGACUCAGCAGAAUGUGAAGGCAGUUUUUGAUGCUGCAAUCAAGGUUGUUUUGCAGCCCCCUAAGCCCAAGAAAAGGCGAAGAAAGUCAAGGCCAUGUGUUUUUCUCUAAAGCCAAUUUCCAUGUUAAUUUCUUCCCCAUAACCAGCUGCAAUCCCUCAUUCAAUCCUUUAUUCCUUUAUACAUACCAGUCUUGUGGGCUAUGUUAAUUUUUUUCCUUUCUUUUCCCUCUUUUCUGCGUCUUGUUUUCCUAUGCUUCUGACGAACUUCUCAGGCAAUGUAUUGAACUCUGCAAAAGUGAUAUCCCCUGAUUGGAUUGAGGGAUUGCAGCAACCUUGUAAUAUGGUAUUUCCCUAAAGCAAAAACAGCAUCAUGAUUGAACAGUAGAGUAAAAUUGCUCUUUUUAAUA